GCAGCCGCUCCAAUCCGUGAGCGAGAUGAAAACAAAGAUCUUCUUCAAAAUCAAAUCAUGAAAACAACAACUAUAAAUGUUCUUGCUGCAUCAAUUGCAGAAGCAUGUGAAAAAUGUUUUGUUUACCGUGACGUUUUCUCUCGUGCGUCUUGUUUUUUUUUCCAAGCGCAGCACAUAGAGAAUAAACAUCAACGUCGGUAGAAGACGUCGCAGGUUCUUGCACUUCGAUUUCUGAUUCUGGUAAAGGCAGAGGCAGGUCGCGGUUCAUCUUCCCACCCGGUCGCGGAGGUCGUAAGCCCCGUAUUAAGCCAGGGCAACUACAUCAUGGCGGCCUUUUCUUUCCAAGGGGGUGCGGGGAACUUCUGGAGUAGUUUCUACGACGUGGGUGAGAACAGCCUGUCAGACAAAAUUGCGAAACCAGAAACCACGCUGGAAGAUGUUUUGGACGACGAGCAGCUGCUCCAGUUGUUCCGCGAUGAGGGGGAAACCUCGCUCCAGGAUUGGCUCUGUGAGGAGACCCACGUCCGUGAGCUUCUCACUCUUCUCAUCAAGGAACCGCCACCCGAUGCCACCCACGACCAAGCACACAAAUUUCCCUUUGUAAGACUAAGAAUGAACAUCUUCGCACGAUAAACUUGAAACAUAAUGGAUGCUGAUGCAGGUUUUCCUUUUUCAAGAAGAGUGAUGCAUUUCACAUACCGGAUAUCGAACGGAUUCGACGUUAAAAUGAAAAUUAUAAAAAUCCACAGGUUGCCUGUGAGCUCUUUAGCUGUGAGGUUCCGCAACUCCUGCAGACAGUGGUGCAAAAUCACAGGCUGCUAGACUACCUGUUCAGCUUUUUGAUGCGCAAUGUUGAGGGGCCAGCUGGUGUUGGAACGUCAACGACCGCAGCGGGGUAUGAACUGCAAAAGUAUCGUACUCGUAUAAAUGCAUUACAAAUUUCCUCAGCAUGACAAAUAAAAUUUGUCAUGCGGAUUUACCUUACGAAAAAACUUUGUAAUGCAAGACAACUCGCAUUUAUACGAGUACGAUACUUUUGCACAGGAUACGGGGGGCGCCCCCGGCGUGCUGCCGGGUGUAGCGGAUUUGUGGAGCCCGCGAGAAUAUCAACUGUAAAAAUGUCUGGAUCUGGAAGAGUGUUAAACUUGUCAUGCAGGUUUUCCAUGACCCAUGAGGUCUGGAAUGCGGGACUUAGCAUGACAGAGUCUGUGAGGUCUCUGCUAUGCCUAUCCUGCAUGAGAAGCUCCCUCCCAACUUGGUUGAAAGUGGACAGCUUUGGGCCCUCAUGCAACACAGAUUUUCGCAUUAUUCGGAUUUAGCAUGACAAGUUGCAAUCAAUCUUGCAGACCCAGACACUUUUGCAAUCCAUAGAGAAAACGGGCAACUCAACGACCUCAUGAACGGGCACCGAGGAACCACCACGGAAGAGGAGGAACAAGACAAAAUUUGCCUCAGUAGCCCGACGCACACCUACACAGAAGAUCUACUGAUGAAUCAAGGACCACGACCAGGUGAACCUGAGAAAAAAUCAACUUCAAGCUCUGGUGCCCCUACAAGAACUAGCGAAGAUGGGGCCGAGGUCGAGGAUGCAAAAAGCAAAGCGGACGAGGAAGCUAGUACAGUGCCCGAAGAAGAUGAACACGGGGAUGACAAAAAAGUGACAAAAACAAUCUCGUCCGAAGAAGUGGAGCGCGCGGCAACGAAAGUUCUUUCCGGGGCGGAUGCAACUGCAAGCGCGAAGCAAAUAGUAACUUCUGCAGCUGCCAACGAACCGAAAGGUGGUAGUAGCCGCGAGCUUGCAGAAGUAGACCAUCUUCACAUAAUUGAAUCAGAGGAACUCAAUUCCGUGCUGGCUGGAUAUUUUUGCAAGGUCGUCUCCCUGUUGUUGCUGCAUUUUCCCAUGGAGAUCGGAGCAUACCUACGCGCGAAAUACGCCUCCCUGCUCUCCGCAUUUUUCAAAUCUCUUUAUUGCCGAAGCGUGAUGGAGCUGUACUGUCGCAUGAUCAACACACCACGUGUGGAAUUUCCGGCGGCGAAGUUUUUGCGCGACGUUCUCAGCUUGUACGACGAAACCCAGAGCAAGUUAAGAACUUCUGCAGGAGAUGGUGACACGAAAACAAGCGAUACAAAUAAAACUAAAGACGCAGAAGAUGCCACAACGUCAGUAGCAGGCGGAGCUUCAGCUGUUGUUUCAACAUCUCCCUCAGCACGCAAUGGUGACGGCGGAGAAACAAGUACCACGGGCAGUCCGCCAGUUGUGUUUUCUCCGUCCUCUCGGUCAUCUCGCGGAGGUGCGGGAACUAGUACAUCAACCACGGCACAAUCCGCCGCAUCUUCCGCGGCAGCGACGUCGUCUUCGUCAUCUUCAAGCAUAAUUGUUGCAGGAGGAGCUGGGAAAAAUGAAAAUAGAACAUCAUCACCGACGGCGCGACGAGGACAACAACAUCAUGAUGGACAUCAGUCCCAGUCGGCAGAACAUCAAAACCAGGACUGGAUUCAGGUGCUCAGGACCUGUAGCGAUGCGGAAGUGACGCGGCUGCCCGGGGAAAUUCCGUACAUAUUGGAAGAUCUGUUGUCGCAGAGGGAUCUGCCCAUCCCCUUGCUCGCGGAGCUCGUCAAAUUCAAGCCGAGCCGCCUGCUCAGCUCCGCAAACGAAGACGAGGUAUCCGCGGGCGUGUCCCUGUGCAGCAGCAUUUUUCAGACGUGUCUGGACGUGGUGCGUGACGACUCGCAGGAUUUCGAUACCGAAGAGGACUUCGAAAGUACCUUUGACGCAGGCGCCGCGGGCAUGGCCCCGCCCCCUCCACCUCGAGAAGAUGACAGCGCAAGCCGAUUCUCCCCCGAGAUGAGACCGUUUCAAGAACACGGCGACCACGACCUAGGAGAUGAAUCAGAUAUUUCUGGUCCUCCGCCCAUGGACGCGCUCGAAUUGUCGAGCGGUGGCGAAAGUAGAAAAGUGGAGCUUGACGCAGAUGGCAUCCCGGUUCCUCUACCGGUCGAAGAGAACCUGCAAAGCUUCCUUGUCACUGGCUCUCAGCCUGCAACUGUGGAAGUCGUGCCGCGGCCGCGCACGAACGGAAUAUUGAAGGAGAAAACUGGUGGUGAACAGGGAGCUGAUAGAAGCGAGGCAACUUCUUCGAGUGCAGCAGCAGAAUCAGCGUUACUCGAGACCACCUCUCCACCGCCCGAGGGCGAAGCAACCUCGUCUGCGUCGGCCCCGGCCAGCGCUGCAUCUUCCGCAGACACAUCUAGCGGGGCGGCCACGCUGUCAGCUAGUACAAGAACUUCUUCUGCUGAAGCGAACCCUGCUGCCCCUGCUGGAGCGGAAGUUUCAAAGAGCUGCACCAGCUCCGAUUUGUCGUCAACGAGCACUCCUCCUAGUACUGAUGUCGAAGCAGCCGGCUGGAAGAUGCUGGCGAAAAUUGAAGCAGAAAUGGAUGCUUCUCUGGAGCAGCCUUUGCAACACGCUAUUUCUGUAGUACCGCGUCCGGAACGCUCGCCCAAGCAAAGAAUCGACGCGCUUUUCACGGACUUUCUCGCACAUUUUGAGGAAUGCUUCGCCCCCGUCGCGUUCCGCAUGAAAGCUCUGAUUCGACUGGCAGAGAACGAGAAAAUAAACGACGGAGGAGCCGCACGACAGGCCGGCGCACCAAAUGAUGCUCCGCGGUUGCUCCAGAUGAAGGAGGACAGCAAGAACGCAUCUCCGCCUUGUGUCGUGGUCGAGCAACAAGAGCAUUCUCUACCGGAAGCGGACCCACGCGGUCCGCCGCCUGCAGUAGUAGAAGUGGACUUCAAUAGUCUCAAAAAAGCUGCGCCAUCAUGCGCUAGUAGUACAACAACGACCGCAAACCCGUUGUACAACGUAUUUGAGUUGAUUUGCCUUUUCACCUCCUUCGUUACCGCCUCUGCGCCGGCCACCGCAAGCCGCUUGCCGCUGUUGUUGCAACACGGCAUUCCGCAGAAGGCGAUCGAGCUUUUUUUUCUGCGGCCGUGGAACAGCAUUCUGCACAACAACGUCGUGCUGCUCAUGCGCGGGAUCCUGCACGCGGAAACGCUCUCGCUUCGGGAAAAGUUUUUUUUCCUCCUGGACACCGAGUUUCUCCAAAAGGCGGCCGAGGGGAUCGGGCCGCCCCCGACCUUUGUGCCGCCGCCCCCGCCUCCCCGCGAUCAUAGGGGCGUGCCGCGUCCUCCACUAGGAAUUCCGCGGUCUCCGUCACUCCCGCGCGGAGGUGGCGGGGGAGGUAGCAGUGCUGGUGGCACGACAACGACCACAAGUCCGACGGGAGCCGGUGCAGCAGGAGACGGCGCGGAGACACAGCAGGAGGACAAAAACAAAAAAGCAGAUGAGAACAAGAAAAUAAACGGAGACCACACGACCAGGAGUGAAGACGAAGCGCCGUCGACAGCUUCGACAAGUACAACUGGAGGUCGUGAGGAUCUUCAUGCAAGUACAUCAACGGUAGUAGAGGCAGCUCCAUCUGGAGGUUCCUCGGAGUCGGACGCGGUAGCAGCAACUGCUACAACCGGCACUGCAGGUACAAGUACAACCUCUAGGAGAGAGCGUUCGCCGCCGCCUGCGUCAACAUUCGUGCCACCCCCGCCUCCACCUGUAACGACGUCCACCGGGGAUGUGGUGUUUUAUUUUCAGAUGCCGCGCAAAGGAUACUACCCCCACUUGAUGGAAAUGCUGGACGACGUCCUUCAGCUGGUGAAACAGUUCGACUUUCCGAACCUAAACGGCGGGGGCAAUAAUUCGACUACAGGACGAGGGGGUCGUGAACGUGAUGAACGUCGUGAAAGUCAAGAUGCAGUGAGUCCUCGAGGUGGUGCAGCACCUGCCUCCGAUGAUGAAAGUCAAGAUCCCGUUCCCGCCCCAAGAGUAGCGUCCUACGGCAUGGAGUCGUCCCCACCGAGCGAGGAUCCCACACCGACCGCGGCUGCGCUAGCAAGGAACAUCCAAGAUUGGGCGGACACUGCCGGUCAAGAGAUCACGACGGAAGCGAAGAUCAAGCGGGGCGUGGACGAGGAGGACAUUCGUACCUGUCGCUUGCACCUGGAGUGGUGGAAGAAUCUCACCGGGGGGUGCGGGCAUCAUUCGCCGCCGCGGUCUGUAUCCACCGCGCCGGACUCUCCGGACGAUCCGAUGCUUGUUUCAGGGCACAAUCUCGACUUCGCGUUAACAGGGACGAUGAACAAGCACGACGUAGACCACGCAGGAGGUGGAGGGGGGCACUCGACGUCGCACGCAGCAAACGUGCCGCCGCUGAGAAGUACUAGUACGAAUUUGAGUUUGGAAGAUUCUAAAGUUUUUUUUCCGCUCUCGCUCAUUUGUUCAACGUUCUAUUUUUCGUUCUGAUUUGUUUGCAUAAGAGGGGCCGAUGAUUUUAGAGCAUAAAAAUAAUCACAACAUGCGCCAGCAUUACCAUCUGUGAUUCACCGCGACUGCUUGUUUUGCUAUCCACUUGCCAAUCUCUACUUUUAGGCCUCGAGCAGAGCUCUCUGAGUUUCCGCGCCAUCGAGGGCCUGGUGAUGCCGUCCGCCGGGCACAGCGAUGUCGACAUAGACGGCAUCGGCGAAGUGGAGCAGCCGAAGCCCAUCUCUUAUCCUGUGCAAAAGUAUCGUGCUCGUAGUAAUUCUAAUUGCAGUCAUGCAUUACAAAUCUUUUUCGUAAGGUAAAUCCGCAUAAAAAACGUUAUUUCUCCUGCUAAGGAAAUUUGUAAUGCUUUUAUACGAUUACGAGUACGAUACUUUUGCAAUGCAUAUCUCUCCACCAAACUCCAUUUCCCCGCCGAGGGAGUCGGGGACGAGCACCUUGGUCUCCAGUCCGAAGGGGGUUCGCACCGCUUCACACGAACGUGCGUCAAGCUACUAGAGGAGAGCAAAAGUUUUAUCGUGGAGAUAAACUAUGACUCAGACUCAGCCAAGAGAAUUUGAAUUUUAAACGAAAGAGAAAGGACGCGUGCGCUCGCUGCUGGGCGGGCACAAGCACAACUUCUACUUGAUACUUACAUUAUUUUUGUUGACGCUCCUGCUAGUGUUGACUCUUCAUCACACGACAAGAACGGAGGCACCAGUGACAGAGUCAGAGACAAGAUGAGGAUGGAGCUGUUUUGGACAUGUUGACCAUUUUCAUCAUGGCAAUUAGGCGCAAGUCUGCUGGGCUCUGGCACUCCUACUUGGGCGGGUCGACGCCCGCAUGUUGUAUCUCUGCUUGUGGUAUUCGAAAUUUAAUAUUGAAGAUGAAGCUUGGUCUUGGAGAUGAGUGUGCAUGUGUUUGUCAAAAUCUACAGUCCUUUUACCAUCAUGAUGAUGAAGAGUGAUAUAAUGAGCACAGAU